GUUAAUGUUCCGAUGAAUGUAGCAUCAGGAGGACCUGGCAGUAUGAUGGUACCACCGCUACGCGCGUCUGCGCCCAUGACUUCCGUUUCUUUGAAAUCGCCAACCGUUUCAGUGCAGGGAUAAAAAGCAGUUGCCGAAAGUGAUAUCAUGGCCUUCUAUACAACUCGGGUUGAUGACAGUGGUAAUGAAAUUGAGCGACGCCACUCGGCUCGUAGUUUAGCAAUUUCAGUAGGUGCCAGCAGUACCAGUGCCAGUACCUCUCGCGUCAUCCUAAGUUCACGAAGCUGUGAAACAAAGUCAAGCGUGAGGUACAUAAAUCGUGCUGCUUUUAUUGAAAAAACUCCCGACCAAAGCGAAACAAGUAGUAUAAAUGAAGAUAAUAAACCCCAUCCACCAUCCGAGAAUCACAGUGAUAUUGUUCCACCCUUGGACCUCCAGUCGGAAGAUAAUUACCCUACUACCAGAGACUACACUUUUUCAUAUCGCAAACACUGCGAAGCGGCUAAAAUUGUUUUAAAGCCUGAUUUAGCUUAUGAAACCUGGUUAUCUGCCAAAAGAAAACUUAUAUCAGAUGAAGCUUCCCGUCGACGAAGAGCUGAAGAGCAGAAGCACAAGGAGCAAGAGGCGAGAAAGCGUCUUUCUGAAGAAAAGUUUCACCAAUGGCUGAAAACAAAAUCCGGUCAAACUCGUUCGCGUGAAAAAAUUAAGCUACAGAUUGAACAGGAAGAAAAACCAUCGAAGUCUCUUAUUAGCGAAGAAGAAGCGCAAGCAAAAUUAGAGGCCUGGGAACGUGCCAAACAGCUGGAGGAGGAACGUCGCCGAAAUCUCAAGAAGGAAGAGGAAGAACGACGCCGUUCAAUUGAAGAACAGCGACGUCAAAUGGCGGCAGAGGCUUGGAAAAAAUGGCUUGCUGAAGUGGAUAAGAAACCACGACCGGUUCCUCUCAACCGCGGGAUCUUCACUUUGCGCGGUACCAUUUCCGACAUUUUCGUCAACCCGAACAAGUGGCAAAGCACAAUACCAAUAGAUGAAGAAUGAUUCACUGGAUUGAAAUUUCAGU